AUCCUCCCAUGUGCGUAAUCAAGCAGUAGGCUAGGUUGUGUUUGUAAUGAUAAAACGUUAGAAGUGGAGACCUCUGCGAAUUGUAUCAACGUUCUCGACACACUGGGAAUUCCAGAGGAGGUGACUGUUUUGAACGGUGAACAGUUUACCAAAAGGCACUAAUUUAUAGCCUAUUAGCCUACAGAAUGUGAAUCAGGAGUGGACAUGCCAGGGUCAUCCAAACAUCUGACUACGCAAGGGCAACCAAACCAACUUGAAGCACAUCCAUUACAUCAAACAGUAAAAGCUCGGGGGUGCAUAUUGCGUGGACAUGAUAUGCCGCUUGCCUCUUGCGUUGGAAUCCGAGGGAUGAUCAGCGUUCUGCACUUGCACCGUGAUACAAAGUAGAUCAGAAUCCUGCGCGGUACCACGGAGAACAGGGAUACGUUAAAUACAGCAGGCUAUAUUUUCUAUAAUCGUUGACAUGAUAGACUGCGAAGUCCAUUGCUCACCAGUGGACCAUGUUUUAGAAAUCUCCUUCAAGGGCUACAUGGAUGCCGUUAUUUGUUAGCGCAGAGGCAAAUCACUUGACUUCAAAUUCCAAUAUAUUUAAAUUCCCACCCAAAAACAAUAGACAACGACACGACAAGCUGUUUCCAGGAAUUCGCCUCUUGUUCUCAGGGUUCUUCAUCAGCUCAUUUCGCCAAGAUAAUGGGGGAGCAGCCGAUCUACAGCACCCGCGCGCACGUCUUCCAGAUCGACCCCAGCACCAAGAAGAACUGGGUGCCCACCAGCAAGCACGCUGUCACCGUCUCCUACUUCUACGACAGCACCAGGAAUGUCUACAGAAUCAUCAGUCUGGAUGGCACUAAGGCAAUAAUAAACAGCACUAUCACCCCAAACAUGACUUUCACCAAGACGUCACAGAAGUUUGGCCAGUGGGCCGACAGCCGCGCCAACACAGUUUACGGUCUGGGCUUCUCCUCCGAGCGCCACCUGACAAAGUUCGCAGAUAAAUUUGCCGAGUAUAAGGAGGCGGCGCGGCUAGCUAAGGAGAAGUCCUUAGAGAAGAUGGAUCUGGCCAGCUCGCCCUCUCAGGAAUCAGCGCCAGGAGAAAUACAGUCACCUCUGACCCCUGAGAGCGUGAACGGCACCGGCGACGACGCGGCCAUGUCACCCCAAGACGUCCCCACCCCCAUCACCGAGUCACUGCCAGAGCCGUUACCGAUCACACAGUCUUUCACACACAGCCCCACAAUCACCAAGCACUGGGAGGCAGAGCUGGCAGCGCUGAAAGGCAACAAUGCCAAGCUGACGGCCGCCCUCCUCGAAUCCACAGCCAACGUCAAGCAGUGGAAACAACAGCUGGCAGCUUAUCAGGAGGAGGCCGAGAGGCUUCACAAAAGGGUGACAGAACUGGAGUGUAUGAGUGGCCAGACAAAUGUGAUCAAAUCCCAGAAGACUGAGCUAAAUCAAACAAUAGAGGAGCUGGAGUCCGCUUUAAAGGCUAAAGAAGAGGAAAUUGAGAGAUUGAAAGAAGAAGUGGACAGGACUAAGGAAAUUCAGGAACAGAAAGAUGCUCUUGCUCAAAAAUUACAGGAGACAGACCUGCGCAACAAGGAGCUGGAGGGGCAGCUGUCUGCCCUGGAGCAACGUCUUGACAACAGCCAGGUGGAACAGGAGACCUUCCGCAAGGACCUCAAGACACUGCUGGAGAUCCUGGACGGGAAGAUCUUCGAGCUGACCGAGCUGCGAGACAACCUGGCCAAGCUUAUUGAGAGCAGCAGCUAGAGCCGACUCCUCAGAGGAGCCAACCAACCAUCACUCAGAAACAUGGUCAUACAACACCCAAAACCAAUGUGUCACUAGGUGCAAGAUUUGACGGAGGUCCUGCCUUUUUUAUUUAUUGUUUUUUUUGUGAAGAACUCUCCUCUUCAAAAAGAAUAUGAUUGCACCAAAUAUGCAGCACUCAAAAACAUAGGAUUAAAUUAGAGUAGAAUUUCCCUAAUGGGCACUUGCCUUUCUACCUGUGCCCUUAUACUCUUCUAGACUAUCCAAUCUUUACCACUCUUUAUUCAGUCUUUAAACUUUACUCUACCCUUUUUGUGUCUUUUCUUAAUCAAUGCUAUCCAGUUGAUGCACUGUGCUUAAGAGUCUCAUUGGUGUUCGGGGAGAUGAAGUGAACUAAGCUGCUAAGGAAAUGUAUCAAUGGCUGACUGUGAAGUGUGAACCUCUUCAAUGACAUAGUUCUCACGAUCCCAGAGCCGCGUGUUGUAGCCAGACUUGAUCGGCUUGCUCUGACUCUGCUGACCUUCAAGAGCUGCCUCGUUGUUCUUUUUUGAAAAGGCAGAGGGCAAUAAGUCGCCAAUGCAUCGCAACUUCCGGAAGGGACACCUUUACCAUGAAAUGUGGACGCGAGGUGCAACACAGGCCUGUAUGUUCCGAGCAAUACCAAGUGGGGCCUCAGAUCCAUUGUUUUAGUUUGAGUUGUCAAGUGUUCAGUUCCUGCGGUUACCUGCGCUGGGCCCACACAGGUGCGACUGACUCAUUCAGACGGAUGACAGAAGGUAAAAAACAAUCUUCUUUUUCCCGUUUGUGUUUUUAUAUACAAACUAUAUUUAUACUGGACUCGUGCGGGUGAACCUGAUGUUAUUAUAUCUUUUUGCUGCUCUUGUGAAAGCAGUGGCGACAAUGGACUCUGCCAUUUUUGGACUCACAUCUUAAUAUCAAAUAUCUUGAUCUUGAUUAUAAAAUGUAUUAAUGAAAGGUUCCAUUUGGUUACCUCAAAUAUUUAUUUUUUAGAAGUACAAUAUUAUGAACUGAAAGAUUUGAACAUUUGUAAUAGCAGUAAAUGAGAAUGGAUGUGACUGGAACUCGAUGGUGGAAGAAAUGGAUAAAGGUGUAAGUAUCAGAAAUGGAAAAAAAGAUUAUUCAGGAAAUAUAUCUAUGAUGAUGUUUACCAAAUAGGGUUUCCUGGAAAAUAAAAUUAAGCCAUUAACAAUGUAGAGAUAUCAUAACCCUGCUCUGUUUACUGUUGUUCAAUAUGAGAAAAAAAUAAAUGAAAGCACUUGUGGAUUGUAUUACAACUGAUUAGUUGUGAAGAUUGGUUCAGUGAAACGUAUUGUAUUGAUUGUUAUAACAUAAUGUUGAAUUUACAGAUGUACAAAGGAAAUUAGUAUUCUCUUGGUUGUCAAAAAACUGAGACCACAUGGGAUGCAUCUCAAACAUGUCUUCUAUAUCUCGCUCCUUUCAAUAUAUAUUGCAUAGCCUAUUGUUCAUCUAUAAUGCACACAACUGCAUUUAUAGUGCAUCAUAAGGCAGUCACUCUGCAUCAUUACAGAUUAUUAUAAAUUCCAACUGCUCCACCCUAAUAAUUAUAAUCAUACUCAUGGUAACCAGUUAUUCCAGUCGCAUUCUAAUGUAGUACAAUGCGCUUCCUUUAUGAUGUAUUAUGGAUGUGUGCUUCACUGAGAGAAAGUGGCUCCUCCAUCUUGCUCCAAGGCCAACUCCCAGUCGUGCGUAAACGUUUCUCACAGAGUCUGAAUCGGUGAUGCUACAUUGGAUAACAUUUAGCUGAGUUUCAAAGCAUUUGUUUUUUAAAAGGUCAUUACAGAUUACAUUAGGCUAUUCUUUUUGGGAGAGCACAGGAGAGCCGCAUUAGCCAGAGGGGGGGGGGGGGGGGGGUGGUCAUAGAGAAAGAGGGAAAAUAGACGAUCAAAGCCAUUCUCCUCUGUGUGCUCAGCGAAAACGGAGCUGAGGGGAACCUUGAGCGGAAUGAGAUCUCCCUCUGCUACGCGCCGUUAUUGUUCGCGCGCCAGCGCGGGGAUGCGGUUCCCGCAAUGAAUCAUAUCAAUCUGUGCCAGGAUAAGUCCUUUCUCUGUGGUUCAGGAUUUUUUAGGCUUACGUAACGUCCUUCACUCACUUCCAAGGGUUGGGAACACUGCUGUAGUUGCCGCAACUUUAUGCACAAAAAGGCUAAUUAUAGCCUUUUCCCCCCAUACGUUUUUAUAAUUAGGUGAUCUGCUAAGACAUUGCUUCAUACCCCAAGAAAGUCCUAGCAGUCCAGAGCAUUCAAUAGAGGCGUCACUGUCUUUGUGGAGAGGGCAAUUGCUGAGGAAUAGAUUCUAUUCACACCUGAUAACUGAUAGUUAAAUGGGUUCUUGGUCACUCUUCUUAGCUCACUGCUGUAAUUCUAUAUCAGCCACAAGAUCAAUGGAGACAUGGAGAUAGUGUAAUGUGUGCACUGUGAGAAGUAGGUAGGCUUUCUCUGGGGGGGGGGGGGGGGUCUUUGCAUUUAAAUCCCUCUGUCUGGUAGUUUGCCAGUCCAGCAGUUGCCUUUGACUGUCUUUCAUCUCUGGUCCUGCAGGCCUUCCCUGGCCUCUUCCCUCAGAGUGUUGUUUGACACCUACAAAUAUAUUCUGGGUCACAGGCUUCCAAACUUAGUGUCAGAAAGUGUCAUGUGUCAAGUAAGAUUUUUUUCUUGCAGUGAUAUCACACUCUUCAGAUGUAAGGGGCAUGGGCAUGUAAGGGGCAUUUGGGCAUGACAUUUCCCAAAGGCAAUUGUGAUAUCACUGUAUAAGGUGCUUACAACCAAUUCUGGCAUCAGGACCAGUAACUUAAAUUGUAUUGUAGGUUUGACCCUCCAAGGUCUUCCCUUGAGUAUUCCUAGCUCUUGUUAAUUGGUGGAACACUCAUACUGCCAAACCCUCAGGGAUGGCUGACCUCAACGAGAUUUAAAAUUGAUUUUUAUUUAUACUGUUAAUUGGUUUCCUAUGAAGAAAUGAACUGUUGUGGACACCUUCGUGCAAUCAGGAGCCUAAGUCAUUUCUUAUUGGUCAGAAUUUAUUAAAAGGAAUGAUUCCAAAUGUUAAACAGUGAAGAAAGAUCAGUCCCUUAUGCUAUUGUGAAGAUCACAAACAAGCUUUACAAACAACAGCAAAAGCAUGGACAAGUCCUCGCUGCUUUCCUGUGUGGAUCCUGGCUAAAGUGUGCCCUCUUCUGGCAAUAUCUUCCAAAACGCCUGCUGCUUUUUCCCCCAGCCAUGCAAUUAGAAGAGAGAACAAUAGGACAGCUGUGUUCUUUUACACACACACACACACACACACACACACACACACAAACACGGCAUCCAUGCCAAAAAUUGCAGUUGUGUUUGUGAAUGACAGAGGGUCUGUGCAAAGGGAGUAAGUUGUUUACUGUUUACGCUGCUGGUAUGGGGCUUCAGACAGACCUGAAAAAUGCAGGUUACUCAGAAUGUCACGCAGAGUGAAGAUGAUGAUGUACUGUGACACAGAAUGCAUUGUUUAAUACUAAGUAUUUUCAAAUAUUCUGUAAUUCUGGAUCUCUGCUUUAUAAUGUAUUAAAGGAGAUUGUUAUCAAAUAUUAAAAGUAUUCUGAAAAGUG